AUGAUGGAUCCGGGGGGGGGGCACCUGCGGGCCCAGUGCCCCACCGUGGCCUUCAAGGCGUGCACGCAGCAGCAGAGCCGCAACCUGAAGCAGAGCCGGGUGCCGGCGGCCGCAGCCCCCGAGGAGGUGCUGGCAGGGGGGGCCUGCGUGGGGGCCGAGAGCCUCCUGCACAUCCUGAGCAACUACGGGCGCUGCGGGGGCGGCCGCAGCUCCAUCACCGUGGGGGUCUUUGGGGGGCUGGGGUGCGGGGGCGGCCGCAGCUCCAUCACCGUGGGGGUCGUGGGGUACCCCAACGUGGGCAAGAGCAGCCUCAUCAACAGCCUCAAGCGCAGCCGCGCCUGCGGGGUGGGGGCCGUGCCCGGCGUCACCAGGUGCCUGCAGGCCGUGCAGCUGGACCGGCACAUCCGGCUCCUGGACUGUCCGGGGGUGGUCCUGGACUCUGGGGACCCCCCGGCCGCCGCCCCCCUGAGGGGGGCCCUGGCCCCCCAGCGCCUGCGGGACCCCCUGAGCCCCGCCUGCGCCAUCCUGCGCCGCUGCCCCCCCCAGCAGCUGGGCGAGCUCUACGGGGUCCCUCCCUGCGCCGACCCCCUGCAGUUCCUGGCCCACCUGGCCCGGCGGCAGGGCCGGCUCCGCCCGGGGGGGCUGCCGGACGCCCAGGCCGCCGCCGUGGCCCUGCUGCGCGACUGGACCAGUGGGAAGAUCUCAUACUACACCCACCCCCCCAAAUCGCAGGGGGUGCAGCUGGAGGCUCAAAUCCUUCCGGCGCUGGGGCCUGCGCUGGACCUGGAGGCUCUGGAACGGGGCGAUGCCGAGGCCCUGGCAGCUGUCCCGGUGACGGUGACGGGGCUGGGGCUGGCUCCGGGCGACGCUGAGGAGGACGGGGCAGCAGAAGCCAUGGAGGACGACAGCGGUGACCUGCAGCUCAGCACCAUGACAGUGGAGCUCAAGCCCCGGCUGAAGUCGGGGGGCACUGGGGGGGAUCCAGUGCCCCGAGCCCCCAAUCUGGAGGAGGUGGCUGCGCUCCCCGCUCUGUUCCAGGGCCAGGGGCUGCGGGCAGCUGGGAAAAGGAGGAAAAAACUGCAAAAAAGAGCAGAGAAAAUCGCCACGAAGCUGUCAGAGACAUUGGAGGCAGCCAUGCAGUUCUGAGGCUUUUAUAAAUUAAAUUGCUGUAUUUAAAUGAGAAA